UCACCUACGAGGCAUUUAUCGCGAACAUUGAUGCCACGAAAAUCGAAACCAUUCAUAGAUAAGAAGAAGGCUGUUACAUUCACCCUUGUCCAUCGAAGUCAGAAGGAUCCCCUGCAAGCAGAUGAUACAGCGGGUCAACAUGUGUUACUCCAAGGAGCGCCGAGAGAGGCAAACGUGGAUGAAAAGAAGUUGGAAGAACAACGCAAAUUCGGAGUGUUUUUCGAAGACAACUAUAACUAUCUACAACACCUCCGGGACGCCGACGAGGUAGUCUCCCUCGAACCCGUUGGCCAAUCUACCGUUGGUGGACAACGGUUAACUAAAGACUCGGCGUGUGCCACAGACAAAGAUGGCAGUGGUCAGCCUAAAUUAGAGUUGCCGUCGUCAGUUUUUGGAUCAGAAGUUGAGCACAAGGUUGGCUUGCUUAACAAAGCAGCCCCGAGUUCAGGCCCAAAAGUCGACUGGGACCCAGAUAUUGUCGCCGCCUUAGAUGACGAUUUCGACUUCGAUGGUUUAGAUAAUCAGUUGGAAGAUGAUUUUAUCGUCAAGGCUAAUGCACCUUUACAAGAAACGGACGAAGUUACAGCGGAGAAAGCCAGUGGAUCAGAUUACCUGAGCAGCAAUGAUGGGGAUUGGGACACAGACGAUGAUGAAGAGGAUGGAAGAGAGAAAGCAUUUUGGGGCGAGGAAACUAGGUCUAGAUUCACUGACUACUCGAUUAGUUCAUCUGUGAUCAGGCGGAAUGAAGGACUAACACUUCUAGAUGACCGAUUCGAGAAGAUAUUUGAGGAGUAUGAUGAGGAGGAGAUUGGAGCGUUGGACCAGGAAGAACUUGAGGGAUGUAUUCACCCUGGGAGUGAAGUUCUCAACAGUGUCCUAGAUGGUUACGAAAAAGAACAGCAGGCAAAUAAAUGCAAAGAGAUUGCGUCGAAGCCUAUCCAUACAGCUGGAGAGGAAGAGCUGAGUAGUACUGAGGAUGAGGAUGAGGCAGAGGAGUUAGUGAAGAUGGUGCAGCCAGAGAAGGAACAAUGGGAUUGUGAAUCUAUCCUUAGCACCUACUCCAACCUAUACAAUCAUCCAAAAGUUAUCAAGGAGCCAUCUAAGCCAAAGGCAAUCAAACUGAAUGCAAGAACUGGAAUUCCUAGUGACGUUCUUAAAAAGAGGGGUCUCACGCAACGACAGCUUAGGGAUCUGGAAAAUCAGCCUGAAAAAGAUGUAAAUGAGAUUGAGAUGGCAGCACCAUCUAGUGCACGACGAAACGAUGAGACACCUGAAGAGCGCAAGCAGAGAAAAUUGGCAGUGAAACAGGAAAGGAAGGAAAGGCGGCAAGAGAAGAAGCUGAACAAGAUGGCGUUUAAAGAAGAAGAGAAGCGACAAAGCAAGAUGAACGUAGCCUCGCAGAUAAACCAAAACAGCAUCAAGUUAAAUGAAGGGUUAUAGCAUAAAUUAGGAACAAAAUUAGGGCCAUUUUAUAGAGAAAAAUGUACUGACGUAUUUAAGAGAUCCCUGUCUUAUUUUCUAAUAGACAGUUCAACAUCAGCAAUGGUACACUUGUCACUUAUGGUCCCAUGGGUGCAGCCUGUUGUUUUAUAAUAUGCAGAAAGCCUGAUUUGGCUACGUGCAUCUCUGCAAAGGAACCUUCAACCCUCCCUAAUAAUAAUGAUAGGUUCUUUGCGUAAACUUCUCUAAGAUAUCAGGCAUAAUGCAUGAUGUUGGUUAUAACAUGUUGGAUGGUGCAACUAAGGUAUCAUGACAAGUGGAUGAUUGUGUACUGUGUUACUGGUGUCUGUAUAUUGUGAUAAAUGUCCAUAAAAUGAUCCAGGUAGUCUGCUAUACUAGGUGCUGCGGCACUCAUAUAUUAUUUUUGAAAUGCUACUGGGUGCUGCUGGUGAUCUUAACACUAAGUAACAGUUGUACUUUCAUGAAUAUCAAUAACAUCAGAUAAAAAAUUCCCUAAUAUAGUGUGCAUGCUUUCUAAAUCACUGUUCUCCAUGCGAGUAGUCGCAAUGAUUUCAAAAACUGGUGUCAUUCAAAAAUUGUGACGUAACAUUGUUGUCGCAACAGCUGGUAGCUUUUUUAAAGUCUUUUUUGGUAUUGUAGAUCUGUUAAUGGUUUUGUGUAUAAAGAAAUACAUCAUUACAUGUAAAUAAACAACGUCUCAAAUUAA